AUUUUAGUGGGUGAAACAACGACUUAGGUUCAAAAUGUCGAAGACAACUCAGGUGGCUGUGUUGAAGACCCGAAGCCGAAACGCAAACCCUGCGGCCGAUGGCUCGGAUUCCGUUGGGUUGCGAGGCGGUGGCGGGAUCGCUGACGCCGUCGAAGAAGCGGGAGUACAGGGUCACUAAUAGGCUUCAGGAAGGCAAACGCCCCAUUUACGCCGUUGUUUUCAAUUUCAUUGAUUCCCGCUACUUCAACGCCUUCGCCACCGCCGGCGGCAAUCGCGUGACUGUCUACCAGUGUCUGGAUGGUGGUGUUAUAGCUGUGCUGCAAUCCUACAUUGAUGAAGAUAAGGAUGAAUCUUUCUACACAGUCAGUUGGGCUUGCAAUAUUGAUGGAACGCCAUUUUUGGUGGCUGGAGGGCUUAAUGGAAUCAUCCGUGUUAUCGAUACUGGCAGUGAGAAGAUAUACAAGAGUUUCGUUGGUCAUGGGGAUUCUAUUAAUGAAAUUCGGACUCAGCCACUGAAACCAUCCCUUGUUGUGUCAGCGAGCAAAGAUGAAUCUGUGCGCCUGUGGAAUAUUCAUACUGGGAUAUGUAUUUUGAUAUUUGCGGGUGCAGGUGGCCAUCGCAAUGAAGUUCUUAGUGUGGACUUCCACCCCUCUGACAUUUACCGCAUCGCAAGCUGUGGAAUGGAUAACACUGUCAAGAUCUGGUCAAUGAAAGAAUUUUGGACAUACGUAGAGAAAUCAUUUACUUGGACAGACCUACCUUCCAAAUUUCCAACAAAAUACGUCCAGUUCCCAAUAUUUAUUGCAUCAGUACAUACAAAUUAUGUUGACUGCAACCGGUGGAUUGGUGAUUUUAUGCUCUCUAAGAGUGUUGAUAAUGAACUUGUACUAUGGGAACCAAAAAUGAAAGAACAAUCUCCUGGAGAGGGUACGGUUGACAUCCUCCAAAAGUAUCCUGUUCCCGAGUGUGAUAUUUGGUUUAUCAAGUUUUCUUGUGAUUUCCAUUACAAGGCAGCAGCAGUAGGGAAUAGGGAAGGGAAGAUAUAUGUGUGGGAAGUUCAGUCUAACCCUCCGGUUCUCAUUGCAAGAUUGUCCCAUGUCCAGUCGAAAUCUCCAAUUAGAUUAACCGCCAUGUCUUUUGAUGGAAGCACCAUUCUCUGCUGCUGUGAAGAUGGAACAAUAUGGAGAUGGGAUGUGGUUGCAAGCUCUUGAGAUUCCGAAAUGGUAUGUAGUAGAAGCCAGUAUAACUUUUUAAUGCAGCUAUGAAACUACGUGCUUCAUUUUUAAAAACGAAGCCAGUCUUUUGCGGAGAACAUUCUACGACUGAUCAAGAAUAUGCUACUGAGUCCGUACAAGCUUCAACUCAAAACAUCAUUAGUCUUUAGUUUAUUCUGCCAGAAAUUUCUAUGUAAGAUAACAUUUCGAUGAAAUUUAUUUUGUACCACUCAAAUGUAAGUUUUUUUUAUCUUAUGCUAAUGUGUUAGCUUUUUUAUUA